UAAUACCCCAUCAUUCUGCAGGAGGUCUGGACUAAGUAAACUAUCUUCAACUCUGAUGUAAAACAUUUUACAAAAAAAAAACAUAUUCCAAUUCUGACUCUGAUAAUGCUUUCUGCUUCUACUUCAACUUAGCACAUAACAUAUGUUGUUUUUUGCACAGGUCAAAGAGCAAAACAAACAAUGUGAACAUUUGAGCGACUCUGACAGCACUGAAAUAGAUCUAGACAGUUCAAUUUUCCUGCAGGAAGACAUGGGAUGGCAGCCAAUAGACCAUGAACAACCAAGCAGCCAUUCCGUGAGUGAAAAGAACUUGAGAAACACAAGCAAUGAAGUUAGUAACCUAAAGUCAAGGUUGAUAGAUGUGGAGCAUGAAAAAAUCAUGCUAGUGAAACAGCUGACACAAUUUAGAUCAAAAUACAACUACAUAACCAGACAGAAAGACAAAGAAAUCCAGAGACUCAAAAGUGAACUGGAGCGCCAAAAUGAAAAAGAGUGAGUUUUCACAGCAUGACAGUUUUUUCUUAGAAGACUUUUCACAGUGUCAACUUUGUAUUGUGGCUUUCUUCAAUUGUCAUAAAGAUCAGUGAAUUCUGUUAAUUUAGAUUUGAAAUUUUGUAACUUAAUACUGUGAUUAAAUACUGAAUUGUACCUCACCCUUGUUGCUUUUAUCUGUACAGCCAAUGAUUAUGAAUGUUAAGAAUUCCAGUUUUUUCAAAUUAUGAAUUGGGUACAGGCUGAGAAUAUUAUUUGAAUUAUGGCUUUAAAAACAAAAUAGUUUAAUUUUUAUUAUAACAAAAUGAGUUUGAUUGCACUAAAGUGUUCAACUAAAAUAAAGUAGUUAUUAAACUAAAAUUUUAUCAUGAAUUUCAAAAUAUAGUUAACCAAACAAACUUUUCAUAACUUUUGUAUUGGAGGGGGGGGGGGGCGCUAGAUAUAAUUAUUCAACUGUAUACCUACAGUUCGAUCUUAUUCUUUUAACUUUGUACAAAUAUUUAUCCAUAAUAAAAUCAGUAAUAAGGAAAAUGUUUCUUACAUAAACAUUAAUGCACAAUAAAAUAAUGUUUAAAAUGCUAGCACAAUACAAAUGUCUAGAAUAAAAAUAUAGAGCCCGGAAGCUCAAAAUUGGAACCAGUGAAAUUUGCCCAUGUGGAGUGUCACCAGAUAAUGCCGACCUUGUCCUCCAAAACUGCUCUCUUUACCAAGAGGCCUGUACUAGACACUGGCCCCAAAACACCUCAAUAGAAAGAAAACUAUACAGAGAGCUCCCUGAUUUGCGCAGUUCAUCUCAUGUAUUGGUCUAGUCUUACCAUAUUGCCUUGGAUUAAUUCUUGUUAGGACUAUUUGACCUCUGUUUAGGGUGAGUUGUAUUUUAUACUGUAACGAUAUUCUUUAAACGGAUUUGUUCAUAUUUCUAGUUUUAGAAAUUGUCUUAUUUUUAUAGGGUUUCAGUUAAUUAUUUCAUCGUUGUCGUUGAUUCAAUGCUGUGGGUUUUUGGUAUUACCCUGGACAUUGUCGUCGUCAUCUUUGUAUUGUUGGUCAGAAGUUAAUGACAGUUCUAAUAUGCUGCUAUCAUGAUUGAUGUCCGUUGGCAGUUUAUACAGAACUUAUUACAGAGACAUAUCUUUGGCAUACGAUAUGAAACUGUGAUGUUGAAGUCAGUGUUUUCAAGCAACAUAUUGGUGCUUACUUUAUUUAUGCUUUUUUAAGUUAUUACUUACAAUGAAUUUAUGACUUUUUAUCUUUAUAUUUA